AUGAUUUCUAAGUUCAUUAAUGCUACUGAAGCAAGGUUCCAAGAGCAAGAUAAGAGGAUUUUAAGCCAUGAAGCAUCGAUAAAGAAUUUAGAAGUUCAAGUGGGGCAGAUUGUAAGUAUGCUAUCGGAAAGAAAAGAGGAAUGGCUACCCAGCAAUACGGAGAAGAAUCCCAGAGAGCAAGCAAAUGCCAUAACUUUAAGAAGUGGGAAAACAAUUGGCGAAAUUCAAAGAGAAGACAAGGGAGCUGAAGUGGUCGAUCUGCAAAAGGAGAAUGAGGGAAGUACUCCUAAACUGAAUUUACAUGAAAUUAAACUUCCUAUUCCCUACCCAAGAAGAGUCCUGAAGGCUAAAUUAGAUAAGCAAUUUGAAAAAUUUUUGGAAGUGUUUAAAAAGAUCCAUAUUAAUCUUCCUCUUCUUGAUGUAUUGUCACAGAUGCCGAAGUAUGCCAAAUUCCUGAAGGAGGUGAUGUUUAAUAAAAGAAAGUGGGAGGAUGGUGAGAUGGUAAAACUAAACGAAGAAUGUUUAGCCAUUCUUCAAAAGAAAUUGCCCUCAAAGCUUAAGGAUCCAGAGAGUUUUUCUAUACCUUGCACCAUGGGGAAUACUGAAUUUGAAAAAGCUUUAUCUGAUCGAAGCAUUAAAUAUCCUAGGGGAAUAGUAGAAGAUGUUUUAGUCAAAGUGGGUAAUUUCAUCAUUCUUGCUGAUUUCAUUGUGUUGGAUAUGGAGGAAGAUAAUACAAUGUUGUUGAUUCUAGGGAGACCCUUUCUUGCCACGAUUGGACAUGAAAUAUAUGCAAUUGAUUGCAUUGAUGGAGUAGAUACAUCUAAAUCAGAAGACACGCUGAAAGUUGCACUUAAUAAUAGUCCCAAUCAAUUGCAACAAGCAGAGCAGAAGUUUGUACUGAAAGCAGAACUGCGAAAUUUAACUUCUGAGCUAGACUCUUUUGAAAUUGCAACUCAUAAUGCAUCUUUUAUCAAUUUACCUCCAUCUCACACAAAACCCCUCCCAUCUAUUGUGCAGGCCCCUUUUCUAGGUUUAAACCCACCUAUGAAGGAUGAAAGGGGGAAACAUAGGAAGUUGAAAACCAAGUGGAGCAGACCCUUUGAAGUGGCUAGGGUAUUCCCUCAUGAAGCAAUUGAACUACAUAAUGAUGAUGGGAAAACAUUCAAGGAUUUCAACGAGGCAUUCAGGGAAGUCCUCUUAAAUCUUUCUCUCCUUGUUCUGGUUAUGCACAUUGAGGACAAUAGACUUGUUUUUGAAUGA